UGGCAUUUGCAAAUAAUAAUAAUAAUAAUAUAAUUCGGUUACACCGUUACAGCCACUCAGUUUUUGUACAAACCAAGCAGAAAACGCAGCAAACUAACAGGGCCACAUUCACCAGCCAAAUUUUUUUUUUUUUUUUAUAAACCCGCACUCCGAAUCCCUCCCCUGCCAAAGCUUUCUAAAAUCUCUUCUGCUCUCCCUCCCAUUCAAACACUCUGCUCAAUCAAUCCUUCAUUUCGUCGAUUUCCUCUGUAACUCGUAAAUUUAGAAGAAAUUAGGAAAGCAGAUCGAGGAAGGGGGGAGUAUAUAUAGAUAAUAUAAAAUGGAAGAAGCAGGAAAGCCUCUGCUCGAGGGCGCCGACGAGAAGGGGCGGUCAGGCGAGUGCAGCAGCAGCAGCAGCUGUAUUCCCGGUACCGGAGGCAGAAAAUCGUCGUCGUCGGCGGCGGCGGCGGUCAACCCCGCGGUCAUCUUCAGCACUUUCAUCGCCAUUUGUGGCUCCUUCUGCUACGGCUGUGCUCUGUCCUACUCAUCACCGGCGCAAUCGGGAAUAAUGCAAGAUUUGGGGCUAUCCAUUGCUGCUUACUCAGCUUUCGGGUCAAUGUUGGAGAUCGGAGGGAUGAUCGGUGCCCUGUUCUGUGGCAGAAUUACUGCUUUGCUUGGCAGGAAAUACACAAUGUGGCUGGCACAGAUAUUUUGCAUUAUUGGCUGGCUCGCCCUUGCAGUUGCCCAAGUACGCAACACUUCCCAACAUUUUGCACUUGUCUUUGUAAUAGAGCAACUUUGUUGCUAUGAAAUGUCAUCUUCAACGUCUAUAACUAUAAGUCUCAUAUUAUCUUGCUUUUCUGGGUUUUUAUGUGGUAGAAGAGAUUGUUAUUUGUUUUUUCUCUGGACCUAAAAUCUUCGUAGAUAUUUGAUUGCUCACGAGUGAUAGGAUGCUGCAUAGCUAUAAAACAGUUUCGUAUUCGCGGCCUCCUAGUGUCCAUUAUUUUUCUAAUGAAAGUAAAAUAUAACUUUGUUAUUUGGUCAAUCGUUCGCUGAAAGCGGUAGAUAAUUUAUUAGAAACAAUCUACUGUUUCCAAAAAAGUAGAUUGUAAGUUGAAGGUAAGUGUGUCAUCCAGUCAACCAUUUUUGUCUCGGUAGUGGUCGACCUCUUGUUGAAAGCAGUCAAUCAAUUUUGAGAAACGACAGCCCGACUGGUCAAAGCAAUCGAUCAGUUGGUUGAAGCUGUUGACCGAUUGUCUGAAGCGGUUGACCUUUUCUUCAAAUCACACGAUGACUCCAAAUCACUAGAGGCAUAUAUACCUUUUUUUAGAAACGUUUCCUAAAAAACGUAAUUUGAUCCCACAGAGUGAGUGGUGGCUGAUUAUGGGAAGGAUGUCCAUGGGUCUUGGAGUUGGGUUCAUCACUUAUGUGGUCCCAGUUUACGUUGCAGAGAUUACACCCAAGGAGUCCAGAGGCUCAUUCUCAUUCGCUAACCAGUUGCUAGUAACCAGCGGGUUUGCAAUAACCUAUGCCGUUGGGACUGUGGCUUCCUGGCGCACCCUGGCGUUGCUUGCUAUUAUUCCUGGAAUCGUGCAACUGAUCGGGCUGUUCUUCAUCCCCGAGUCCCCAAGAUGGCUAGCGAACGCUGGAAGGGUGAAGGAGUUUCGAGCAGCAUUGCAGUACUUGCGGGGCAAGGAUGCAGAUAUUUCAGCAGAAGAAGAAGAAAUCCAGGCCUCUGUGGAUGACAUGAACAAUGGUCCAAAAGCAAGAAUGGUGGACAUUUUCCAGAGAAAAUAUGCUUAUGCCCUCACUGUUGGACUAGGCCUAAUGUUCCUCCAACAACUGGGAGGAAACUCUGGAGUUGCAUACUAUGGUAGCAGCAUCAUUGAGAAAUCAGGGUUCCCAAUCAACAUUGGAACUAUAGUAAUGUCUCUGAUUCAGAUUCCAAUCUCAGCUGUUGGCGUAGCGUUAAUGGAUAUCAGCGGAAGAAGAGCUCUCCUCAUGGUUUCUGCAGGUGGGAUGGGGAUAUCUGCCUUCCUUGUGGGAUUAUCUUUCGUAUUACAGGGACUCAACCUUUUCAAAAAGGUCACUCCAAUUCUGACUGUAAUUAGCAUCACUGGACAUAUAGGAUCAUUUGCGAUUGGGAUGGGAGGAAUCCCAUGGAUCAUCAUGUCUGAGAUAUUCCCCAUGAGUGUGAAGGCUCUGGCUGGCACUCUGGUCACAUUAGUCAAUUGGUCGUCGUCCUGGAUGGUAACCUACUCUUUCAAUUUCAUGAUGCAAUGGAGCCCUGCAGCCACUUUCUUCAUUUUUGCGACUGGGAGUGCUGCAACAGUUGCGUUCACCUGGAAGCUAGUUCCAGAGACCAAGGGAAGAACAUUGGAAGAGAUUCAAGCGUCGAUGACAACUCUUCGCUAAGAACUACUUCACCGCAAAAAAAAAAAAAAAAAAAUUCCUCCUCCCUACAAGUUCUCGGAUAAGGAGUAGAAACGUAUUUAUAUAUUUAAUUGGAUUAGUUAAUGGUCAUACCAGUCUUUGUACUAUGCAAAGAUAACAAAUGACCCUGUACUAAUUUUCAUAUGGAAAAGCCCUUGUAAUAAUAUAUAAGUUAAAUAACAAAUGAGUUAUUUCGUUAAUUUGAACUCGAAAUGCUUAAUAUGCCCUUAGAAUCUGAUCUCUCCAAUGCCCAUACUUCUCCUAAGUGAUAAUGAAUGUCAAACAAAG